GCUAGAGAUGGUCAACAUGUGGUGCUUCUCCUUGAAAAUUCUUUGUGGGAAGCUACCACAGGGUUGUGUUCUUCUUUCUCGUUCCUUGCAGCUCCAAACAUGGCUUCUUCCACCCUCGUGAAGAGAUGGCUGAGGCCUGAGGCGUACCCAAUCUUUGCAGCAGUUGGCACAGUGGUUGGCAUUUGCAGCAUGCAACUCAUAAGGAAUAUCACUACCAAUCCUGAAGUGAGGGUUAAAAAGGAGAACAGAGCUGCAGGAGUGCUCGACAACUUUGCAGAGGGUGAGCGCUAUUCACAACAUAGCCUAAGGAAAUUCGUUCGUGGCAGGCGCCCUGAGAUUAUGCCAAACGUCAAUGGUUUCUUCUCAAAUCCAAAAUGAAGCUGAUGUUGAGAUUGUCUACCUUGCUUGGAGUUUGAUCCUCCAAAUAGCUUUUGGCCAUUGAUUCUGUUGGAAUUUAGGAAGUAGUGAAUCACCCUGUUAUGUUUUUCUUGGAUUGUUAAGUUGUUGAUGCUUGUUUUCAUCCCCAUUACAGAAAUAAGGUUUAUAUCUGCAAGUUGGUCCUGAGACUUGUGUUUGUUGCUUAUAACUGGUGCUUUUGCACUGACAUGAUCUGGUGAUUAAUGACGGAACAUUCAG